GAUUGCACGGGAUCGGCUUGUGUGGGCGUCCCUGCCUCCGCCAUCAUGCCGGGGUGGUGCAGAAACUCCGUGUCGAGGAAGCCGAGGAAAGCCCUAAGAGAGCGGAAGAGGUAGUCAGGAGACCCCGGUAUCUUUCAGCAUCCGUCUGUCCGUCCGUCCGUCCGUCAGUGCGCGCGCGCGCGUCUAUUCCUGCGUGAUCUUUGCGACAGAGCCGCGUCCGUGCGCCUCCCUACCCUACUUCAUCCUCCUCCUCCUCCUCCUCCUCCUCCGGUGAACGGAGCGGUGCCGCACCGAGUGAUGCUGCUGUGGCCCGCGCUUCCCUCCUAAAGCAUCACAGCCCCAUGAACAUGUCCAACGCAGUCAUGGGUCUAAACCCCACCGACAGGGUCAUCAAAUCAUAACUAUCGUGCUGUUAUUCGGAUCAGUGAUGUGAUGUUCCAUGGACCAUUUGCCGUCCGUUUUUGGCGCACCCUGAUAGGCUGAUAGGUUGGAGGCUGGAGGCUGGAGGCUGGCUAAUGAGCUUCAGACCAUCUUUCUGCUAGUGGUGAAUGCGUGAAUUGCUACAGAGAGGGAGAAAGAGAGAGAUCUGUAGAGCUAGAGAGAGAGAAAGAAAGAGAAGGAGAUAGAGAAGGAGAUAGAGUGGGAGAUCAGCAUCAUUUCAUUCCAAUGAAACCUUUUUCCUGGCCAGUUUGAUGAUGACAGCAGCCAAAGGACGACCUAAAGCGGUCCCGUUCCCGCUGAGCCACAGGUUGAGUAUGAGGGAGGUGUUUGACUGCGAGGGAAAGCCUCGAGUGGACCUGUUGAAGGCCCACCUCACUAAAGAAGGCCGUGUGGAGGAACCUGUCGCUCUGCGCAUCAUCAAUGAGGGAGCCUCAAUCCUGCGCCAGGAGAAGACAAUGCUGGACAUCGAGGCUCCUGUAACAGUGUGUGGAGAUAUUCACGGGCAGUUUUUUGACCUGAUGAAGCUCUUUGAGGUCGGAGGAUCUCCCGCUACAACGCGGUACCUCUUCCUAGGGGACUACGUGGACCGAGGUUACUUCAGUAUCGAGUGUGUUUUGUAUCUCUGGUCACUGAAAAUCCUCUACCCAAAGACGUUAUUUCUGCUACGGGGAAACCAUGAAUGUAGACACUUGACUGAAUAUUUCACAUUUAAACAGGAAUGUAAAAUUAAAUACUCCGAGCAGGUGUACGACGCGUGUAUGGAUGCGUUCGACUGUCUGCCUCUGGCUGCUCUGAUGAAUCAGCAGUUUCUGUGCGUGCACGGUGGCCUCUCACCCGAGAUACACACGUUAGAUGACAUCAAGAAGCUGGACCGGUUUAAAGAGCCUCCAGCCUUUGGGCCCAUGUGCGAUCUUCUGUGGUCGGAUCCACUAGAGGACUUUGGCAAUGAGAAGUCACAGGAGUAUUUCAGCCACAACAGUGUCCGUGGGUGUUCCUACUUCUACAGCUAUCCUGCAGUGUGUGAGUUUCUACAGACUAAUAACUUGCUCUCAGUGAUCAGAGCCCACGAGGCACAGGACGCAGGUUAUCGGAUGUACAGAAAAAGCCAGACGACAGGCUUCCCAUCUCUCAUCACGAUCUUCUCGGCUCCCAAUUACCUGGAUGUGUAUAAUAAUAAAGCUGCUGUGCUAAAAUACGAGAACAACGUGAUGAACAUACGUCAGUUUAACUGCUCACCACAUCCGUACUGGCUACCGAACUUCAUGGACGUGUUUACCUGGUCCCUGCCUUUCGUCGGAGAGAAAGUGACUGAGAUGUUGGUGAACGUCCUUAGCAUCUGUUCAGAUGAUGAACUCGUGAACGAUGGCGAAGAGAUCUAUGACGCGAAUGCUGCAGCCGCGCGUAAGGAGGUCAUCAGGAACAAAAUCCGUGCAAUUGGCAAAAUGGCCAAAAUGUUCUCAGUGUUACGUGAGGAGAGUGAGAACGUGUUGACUCUUAAGGGUCUGACUCCGACCGGCAUGCUGCCCAGUGGAGUUCUUUCUGGGGGAAAACAGACUUUACAGAGCGCUACCAUUGAGGCCAUUGAAGCCAUCGAGGCGGUUGAGGACAGUGAAGCGAUCCGUGGUUUCUCCCCGCAGCAUAAGAUCAGAAGUUUUGAGGAGGCGAAGGGUCUGGACCGGAUAAAUGAGCGCAUGCCUCCUCGCCGUGACGUGCUUAACAGUGUGGGUCUGUCUAUGGGCCGCAUGAACAUGGCCGAGUCCAACGGCACCGACGACAACAGCAAUCUCCAGUGACUCCUCAUCUUUAUCCUCCUCCCAUUCCUCCUCAUCCCUGUCUGUGCCCUUGCUCUUCCUAAUUUUAUCCCCUCAAUCCCUCCGUCUGCAUUGCUGCACUUUUUCUCUUCACAGUGGAAGAGUGACUGUGAUUUAAGACGCAGCCUAAAUGAAGAAGAGCCAGGCUUAUUUUUAUUUGACUUUGAAAGGGAGGAUGUAAACAGCAUGUGAUGAUGGGAGGAGGUGCCGGAGGAAGUAAUUGAAGAAGCACUGGAGGAAGUCCCGGAGGAAGUAAUUGAGGAAGUGCUGGAGGAAGUAAUUAAGGAGGUAAUUGAGGAAACACUGAAUGAUGUACUGGAGGAACUCCUGGAGGAAGUUCUGGAGAUUUGCUCUUGUUUUUAGUGAGGUGGAAGAGAGAGACGAGUGUGUGUGAGUUGUAUAACGGCACAUUAACUAGAAACUAAUAAUAGGAUGUUGGGGUGCUGUUAUCUUGGAUUAGUUUGUGUGUGUGUGUGUGUGUGUGUGUGUGUUUGAGUGGUUGGUUGGUUGACUUGUGUAAUUACUUUGUAAGGAAAGUAAGGCUUUAUCACAGAAGACUGUUCCUGCUGGAAACUGAAUAUUACGGCGUCUGCGAUUUUCAUUCACUGUCAGAGGAGUGUGUGUGCAUGUGUGUGUGUGAGUGUGUGUGUGUGUGUUUGGGCUGACCUUUUCAUUUAAAAAACAAAUAUCACUUAUAGAAUUAUAUCAUUUUUGAAAUUUAUUCCUUGAUGAUGUUUUAUAGUCUCUUGGCUCACAUGCUGAUAUUAAAUUAAUCUUUCAUGUGGAGCAUAUUUCAAACUCAUAUUCACCAUCAUCAUCCUCAUCAUCCUCAUCAUUAUCAUCUGCCAUUCGUGAUUCAAAUCUUCACACCUUUACCCGGUAAACAAAACACCAAUCUAUGAAGCAUGAAGUUUUUCCAUCACGCUAAUUUUUUUUUGUUUUUAGUCACUGUAUAUGCUUACUAUAAAGUGUACAAGAACACAAAACCAUUGUAGACCAUCUUGAAUAAGAGUCUGUUGGACCAAGCAUCAGUAUAUCACAUUUUCAAGACUCUUCAGACAUUCUGCAUUAGCAACAUGACUCAAGUCACUGAAACACUUCAUACAUGUCUGAAAAUAAAAGAACAAGCAUACGGCUUCAACAUUUCCCCAUCAGAAAGCAUGCACUAUCACACUGUCACACUGAACUAAAAACACUAACAACUGAGAGCAACACAUGGUUUCAUAUUUAAAAUGAAAAAAAAAUAAAGAAUAAAAGUAGUGGUGUUGUGUUACGCUGCUAAUAUUCGGCUUUUAAUAUGUGCGAAUGAAGUUGGCUGUAAAUGAUGAGUUUUUAGCUGAGAGGUUUCAAUUCAUUUGUGGUUCAGUGAGUAAGACUAGACCAUGAGAUCCUUAACAAUGAGACGUUCAUCUUUUUUUUUUCUUUUUUUUUUUUUUUUUUUGUAAAAUGUAUUCAGACAGCCCUGUGUGUGUGUGUGUGUUUAAACUUUGACAAAACAAAAGACGUUCAGAUCUAGGAGGUUUUUUUUCUUCGUUCAUGUUUACUCGUCUGCUCUGUGCGAUGUUAACGCUGCUGUCGCUGCAUCUUACUGGAACCGCUAUAAACAGCUGCCGGACUCAACAAUAGACGCCUUCACAUCAACACGUUUCUAUCUGUAACAGCAGAGGAGGACCGGUGCGAUUAAAAGGUUCUGGUGUUUGUGGACAUUCACACACUGACAUUCUUUGUGCAAAUAUAGAACUCAAAUACUGUAUGGUCUCAAUCAGGUCCUGGCAUGUCCAGCUAUAAAAGACUGAUCCGGCUGCGCCGAACACGCCUUGGGAUCUUGCUUUGUACAUAAACUGACAUUUUUUUCACAUUGUUGUUUUUUUUUCUAUUUAAGUGAACGAUUUAUUUAUGUUUCUUUUAUGUUUGAUUUUUUUAGCUCGUUUACCGUAUGCUGUACACUUCAGUGACAACGCUUGUGGUAUUAUUAUUUAUAUAUAUGAGAUUUUUUUCCCCUCUCAUGUACAUGAUCAUGUACAGAAGUCGUUCAGUUGAGUGAAUGAUCAUAUAACUGUUUGAAAAGCCGCACAGGCUGCAUGACUGCAUGGGAAAUUCAACAAUGUAAAGCAAAUAUGGAUGCGCCUUCUGGUGUCCUCAUGUUUUUAAAGAAGAUAUAUUCCGCUCAUCAUUAUUCUCUUCAUUAUUCUUCUUGUUUAUUAUAAAAUUAGCUUUCUGCUGUUUCUGGCUUCACUUCUCGUUUGGUCCCUCAUUGUGCUUUACUUUAAAACUGAAGCAGUUCAUGAGUUGUUUGUGAUUCUCUCUAUCUUUCUUUCUCUCUCUAUUUAUCUCUCUCUAUCUCUCCUCGUAAUUUUCUUAGUUUUGCCAUUUUGACUAUUGAUCUACACACAAUGUACGCAUGCCCCAUGGGACAAAUCUCUUUUUUUACUCUUGAAUAAAAUAUGCAUGGACCUUU